GAAUUUUUGUGAUUAUAUUUGUAUUCAGUGCAUCCUGUUUAUCAAAGAAUGCUUCUUCAUGACAAAUAUGCAAGAAAUUUGUUAUAUAGUGUCAUUUUUAUCUUCACACACAAGACCAGUAAUUUUUUAUAAAAAAAUUUUUGCGUACAAAAAAUUCUGGCAAAAUUAUGUAUAUUUUGACAUAGGAAGAAUAUUCAGUAAAAUUUUCAGCCUCUUAAAUACUUUCUAAGAACCUAAAUUGUUUGCAAGUUUGCUUUUUUUUCAACUUGUUCUUUAUUUCUUUGUAAUAAUUAGUUUUAUAGGAGGUUGUUUGAUUUUGAGUGGUUUGUGUACUCUUAACACUAGAACUACAGUAAAAUUUCUCUACUUAAAACCACAGCAGAAGUCAAUUUGACCGCUCAUUAAAAAUUAGCAUUUAAAUUAUUAUAAUUGUAAUAAUAAUUAUCAAGUACAUACCCCGAUAUUAAGCGGGCAUUUAAAUAAAUAAAUUAUCUUUAUUUAAUUGUUUAUGUAACUACAAAACAUGGAGCGCUACAGUCUUAAGAGCAAUUGGCUCGGCCGUCGAGUCUCGAGUAGUAGUGAGGAGAGAGUAGGCGUUGCCUCAGAAAUCGAUUCGAAAUGUGCAUUUUAUUGCGAGCACUGCCUAGUGCAUACAUGUACCAAAUGAGGGCGAAAUCGUGGAAGAAGAGGAAUAACUACACCGCUUAACGACUCAAUUCCUAUUGGCUAACAAACGCUCAAUUUUUGCAUUGGUCAAUUAGACCGCAACCGUUGUUAUAGCACACCGUUUCGCGGAAGCCCAAAGGAAUGGCCGAGGAGGACAAAGCCGUUCCUUCGUCCAUGACCCAGUGUUACGAGAACUAUAUCAUAGUCGAUGUGGGUGCCAAUCUGACGAACAAGAAAUACAGUCGGGACCUAGAUAGUGUGAUACAGAGAGCGAAGGACGCCGGCGUGCAAAAAAUCAUGGUGACUGGCACCAGCAUUCGUUCUAGCAAGGAGGCGCUGAGGCUAACCAGAAUAUAUCCUGGGACACUCUACUCGACCGCCGGUGUGCAUCCACACGAUGCCAAAUCCUGGGAGGAGCCCAAUACCCUGCGCGAAUUGGAGAGCAUAGCCGGCAAUCCUGAGUGCGUGGCGAUCGGGGAGUGUGGCUUGGACUAUAGCCGCGAUUUUUCAACGCCGGAAGUGCAGCGCGCUGUGUUUCACAAGCAGAUAGAACUGGCCUGUACAUUGAACAAGCCAUUGGUGAUACACGAGAGGGGCGCGCAGAAGGACGUGCUGGAGAUCCUUGGUCAAUACAAAAACCGUCUGCCGUCCGUCUUGAUUCAUUCCUUUAUUGGCACUGCGGAGGAGGCGCAAGUCUAUCUAGAUCAGGGAUUCUAUUUGGGCAUUACAGGCUACCUGUGCAAAGAUAAGUCUGACAGUGGAGUGAGACAGUUGCUGGAGGGCGGACGAGCGCCGUUAGACAAGAUUCUAGUGGAAACCGAUGCACCAUUCAUGUAUCCGAACACCAGAGCCAGCAAAUUACCCGUACACGUAAAGGACGCUCUAACCGAACGAUCUAUGACAUUUCUUCAACGUUACUGCACUUUUCAACGUAACGAGCCAUGUGCCUUGCCAGCGAUCGUGGAAAUGGUAGCGGCAUUUAUGCGAGUCACACCAGAACAAGUCGCGCUGGCUACUGCUUUUAAUGCUCUGAAAUUGUUUGGCUUGAAUCAAUGAUAAUAAUUUACUUGGAUCUCAAAGAGUUGUGCAUAAGAUGGGUGCUAAUAGGUGCUAUAUAACAAUUGAAUUAGAUUUUUAAAUAAUAAAUUAAGAGAUGUGCAAAUCAA